AUGACGAGCAAGUGCUGGGCAGGGUGUUUGCCCGCCCUGGCCUUGCUGCUGGCCCUGCUCGCCGGCGUGGUCCGGCCGGCGGUCGCCAUGAUCGGCGAAGGGCGCGACGUCGUGGACUCGAUGUCGAUCGAGUUCCUCCUGGCGUACGGGUUCGAGCCGGGAGGCACGGGCUACGUAGAGGUUUCGGGUGCGCCACAGGCCAGGGGGGGAAGCGAGAGCCUCAAGCGCGUCCACAACCUGUACAUGCUCCUCUGCAGCCGCGGCGGAGCGCUCAGCGUCAUCUACGAGAGCCGAGUGACCGUCGCGGAGAUGUGCCGGUCGAUGAAGAUGACGGGAAAUGACCGCCGUCUCGAGGGCUGCUCGUGGUUGGGGCCGCUCGACGGCAAUCCUGGCCUGCGACGCCAGCGCAUUGCGUUCCCGCGGUCGCCGCACAGCAGGGUGCUCUACCUCCUCGCGUGGAACUGCGGCCACGACGCAGUCGACCUCUCUUACAACUACUUCCUCCGCCAGCCCGAUGGCACGUACCUCUCGACGACGCUCAAGCCCCUGCCUCUGGUGUCGAUCGUCCUGGCGAGCGUGUGCUCUCUCGCGACGCUCGCGUCGUUCGCGCACGUCUUCGCGAUGCGCUCCAUCGCGACGCCCCUGCAUUGGUCCCUCCUGGGCGUCACCUCGAUCCUUGUCGGCGCCAACGCCGUGCGGUACCAGUACUGGGAGGACGCGGACCAGACCGGGCGGUACGACAGCGGGUUCGGGACCGGCGCGCUCACGCUCGAGGUGCUCGGCGGCACCGCCUUUCUGGUGUGGAUGCUGGUGGCGUCGCGCGGGCUGUGGAUCACGCGGCUGCGGAUCCCGUACAGCGAGGUGAGCACGAUCAUGCUCGGCGGGCUCGCGGGCCUCGCCGGCUGGUACGGCUCGCGCGUGGGCGGCGGGGGCGACAUCCUGACGUACGUGGGCUACGUGCUCCUCCUGCUGUCGAUGGGCGUGUCGAUCGCGGGCAACGCGCGCAACAUCCGGUACUGCCGCGUGUGCGAGCGCGUCGUCGUCGCCGCGGACUCCGCGGCGUCCGGGCCGCCCACGGAGCGGCAGCUCCGCGCGCUGCCCGCGCGACGCAAGGCGGCGCUCUUCCGCCGGCUGCACGCGGUGACGGCGCUGUUCGUGGCGUCGCGCUUCGUGAUCCAGAUCGUCAAGCUGUUCGCGCCGGAGGUGACGUGGAGCUCGCACGCGAUCGACGAUGGCUCCCUCGCGGCCUGCGCCGUGCUGUGCAUGGCCGCCAUCGUUCUGCGGCGGCCCCCGAUCUUCCCGAACGCCGCGAUCAGCGCGACGCUGCUGUCCGGAAUACCGCACUCGUGGACGUUCGGCGAGGUGCUCGACAUGCCGCGGCAGGCGUUCGACGUCGAGGGGACGCGCGACGACCAGCAUCUGCACGACACGGGGCUGGGCGCGCGGAGGGCGUUCGGGCCGUUCGGGGCGGGGGACGGCGGGGGCGCGGCGGCGGAGCACGUGGUGCAGAUCGAUCCGGAGGCGCGGAUGGUGCGGAGCUACGUCGUGGUGGAGCAGCCAGGCAGCGGCGGGAAGGCGGGGGGGUGUGGGAGGGGUGCGGGCGGCGAGGAGAUGCUGCUCGGGGCGGAGAUGGACUGGGAGAUGGAGCAGGAGGCGAAGCGGGAGCGUCAGAAGGCGCGCGAUCGCGCGGGCGCGCGGGGCGCGGAGGGCGCCGAGGCAGGGGGGCAAACGGUGUCGGUGUCGGCGUCGGCGUCGGUGGGCGGGCGGCGCGCGCUGCGGGAGCGGAUAAACAGCCUCUUGCCGCUGCUGUGGGGCACGGCGCGGGUGGACUCGGACGCGCCGCAGGGGGGGGGUGUUGUGGAGAUGGGCGGGUUCGAGGCGCGUGCGCCGCCGCGGGCGGGCGCGACGAACGCCGGGUCGCAACGGUCGUCGCGUGGCGACACGAGGUCGUCGCUGGACGUGCGGCCGCCGAUCGUGUAG